AUGGAAGACGUCAAGAAAAAGUGGAAAGAAUUGCUGUAUUCUUUCAGCACAAGCGAUCGGUAUGCCGACUACAACGAGAACUCUGGAGUUUCCGGCGUUUCAAGCAUCUCUAGACGUUCUGCAGGCUCUCCAGCCAACGCUGCUGCAUCCUCAUCGCAAAUUCAGCUCACAGAGUUUGUUGAAGGCCAAGAUGGUAGCUCUAACGACGGUGUGAGCGAGACCAUGCUUGCCUGGAGACACAUCGACGCCUGGGCCUCGGAACAUCAUUCUGACCUUUAUGCAACAUUAAGUGAACCAUGUACGCGCAGUGACAUCUCCAGGGCUGAACAGGAUCUGUCGAUUGUCUUUCCGGCCUCGGUUAGGGCGUCGUUCCGUUUCCACGACGGUCAAGAAGAUUUGGAUUCGCUCACCGGAACAUCUGGACUUAUUUUCGGGCUCCAACUAAUGCCUAUGGAUCAGGUCGUACAUAUGACGCAAACUUGGAGGAACGUUGCUUUCAAUAUGCUAAAGCACCAAAAGUCAGCACAUUCAACCACCACGGGUUCUACCACCGAAUCCGAAAUUCACAUCAGUACGCCGAACAAAUCUGCAACUCCCCAGAACUUGAAGUCCAAAGGCUAUAGAAAAUUAGAAUCUCAAGAUUCCAAGGGAAGCAAUCCUGCGUUGCAGCGUGAUAUUUCUCACAACUAUAACAAGCAAUUCAAGAUGAACUCUAUUCCUCAACAGAGAUCAAUUCCGCCAGAAGCCAUUCAGUCUUUGUAUGUAAGUCCAGGAUGGAUUCCUCUGGUUACCGAUAAUGCAGGAAAUCAUAUUGCUAUUGAUUUAGCUCCAGGGCCCAAGGGAGUUUACGGCCAGAUUAUUUUGUUUGGCAGAGAGUUCGACACCAAAUUCGUGGUGGCUAACAACUGGGGUGAUUUUCUUCUCAACUUUGCCAAUGAUUUGGAAAAGGGCAAUUGGUACAUUAUGGACGGUGAUGAUGAUUAUUUAAGUGGGGCAGGCGAUCUGGUCUUUAGAGACAAGAAUGCCGGAAACACUAUCAAAGAAUACUUCGAAGUUUUGAAGCUAAGAUCUCACGGAGCUUGGAGAAACAGAGAGAAGGAGCAGACUUCUGAAGGCGCUGUGUCUACUUCCGUUCCAGUGGAGCAUAAAAGUGCGGUCUCGUCGCAGGCUACCGACUCGUCGUUCCCACUCAAGGAGCAGGAGACGAUGGUAGCAGAGUCCUCAAUUGCUACGGAAGACCAAUCAACCUCUGAAAAAAAGCCCGACAGAGUCACCGUUGUUGACUCUUUAGCCAACUCUACCGAGACUUUUUUGGCUAGCGAGGAGCCUUCACCAGAGGCCCCCAAACAAUCUCAGAAAGCUGAGCAAAAGCUGCAAGUGAACGAACACCCCAUUGAUAAGGAAGAUCAUGAACAAAAAAUAAGCAAGGAUGAAGGGCACACAAGUAAGACGCUCGAAACUGAGAAUGCCGAAGAACAAAAAUCGAUGUCGGAAGAAAAGAAAACUGACUCCCAAACUCAAAACCCUGCAGAAGAAGCUGAAGAAGCUAAAGUAAAGGAAUUAACAGAGGAAUUCGAUAAUGUCGCAUUGUAG